GGGCUUCGGCGAACGAUCACUCCCUUUAAGGCGCGGCCCGCGCCCGCCGGCAGAAAAGGGGCUUAAAGGCGACGCGUGGCGCGAUGGCGGCGGCUCCGCGCGCGUGCGGGUGGCGCGGACAGCCGCCGCCCGGGCUGCUGCUGCCGCUGCUGCUGCUGCUGGCGCGCGCCGCCGCCUACUUCCCGGAGGAGCGCUGGAGCCCGGAGUCGCCGCUGCAGGCGCCGCGCGUGCUCGUGGCGCUGCUGGCGCGGAACGCGGCCCACGCGCUGCCCGCCACGCUGGGCGCGCUGGAGCGGCUGCGGCACCCGCGGGAGCGCACGGCGCUGUGGGUGGCCACCGACCACAACGCGGACAACACCACGGCCGUGCUGCGGGAGUGGCUGGUGGCCGUGAAGAGCCUGUACCACGCGGUGGAGUGGCGGCCGGCGGAGGAGCCCCGGUCCUACCCUGACGAGGAGGGUCCCAAACACUGGUCCGACUCCCGCUACGAACACGUCAUGAAGUUGCGCCAGGCGGCCCUGAAGGCAGCCCGGGAUAUGUGGGCCGAUUACAUCCUGUUUGUGGACGCGGACAAUCUGAUCACCAACCCCAACCUGCUGAGCAUGCUCAUCGCGGAGAACAAGACGGUGGUGGCGCCCAUGCUGGAGUCCCGGGCUGCGUAUUCCAACUUCUGGUGUGGCAUGACCUCCCAGGGUUACUACAGGCGGACCCCGGCCUACAUCCCGAUCCGCAAGCGAGAGCGGCGGGGCUGCUUCGCGGUGCCCAUGGUGCACUCCACCCUCCUCAUCGACUUGCGGAAGGCCGCGUCCCGGAGCCUGGCCUUCUACCCGCCCCACCCCGACUACACCUGGUCCUUCGACGACAUCAUGGUCUUCGCCUUCUCCUGCAAGCAGGCGGAGGUGCAGAUGUACGUGUGCAACAGGGAGGUAUUCGGCUUCCUGCCCGUGCCGCUGCGCGCCCACAGCACUCUGCGGGACGAGGCCGAGAGCUUCCUGCACACGCAGCUGGAGGUCAUGGUGAAGCACCCGCCUGUGGCCUACUCGCGCUUCAUCUCUGCGCCCACCAGGACCCCCGACAAGAUGGGCUUCGACGAGGUGUUCCUGAUCAACCUGCAGCGGCGUCAGGACCGGCGGGCGCGCAUGCUGCGGGCGCUGGAGGAGCAGGAGAUCGCCUGCCGCCUGGUGGACGCGGUGGACGGCAAAGCCAUGAACACCAGCCAGGUGGAGGCGCUGGGCAUCCAGAUGCUGCCGGGCUACCGCGACCCCUACCACGGGCGGCCGCUGACCAAGGGCGAGCUGGGCUGCUUCCUCAGCCACUACGGCAUCUGGAAGGAGGUUGUGGACCGGGGGCUGCAGAAGUCCCUCGUGUUUGAGGACGACCUGCGCUUUGAGAUCUUCUUCAAGAGGCGCCUGAUGAACCUCAUGGAGGAUGUGGAGCGCGAGGGCCUGGACUGGGACCUCAUCUACGUGGGCCGGAAGCGGAUGCAGGUGGAGCACCCCGAGAAGGCGGUGCCCCGUGUGCGGAACCUGGUGGAGGCUGACUACUCGUACUGGACGCUGGGCUACGCCCUUUCCCUGCGGGGCGCGCGCAAGCUGCUGGCCGCGCGGCCGCUGGCCAAGAUGCUGCCCGUGGACGAGUUCCUGCCGGUCAUGUUCGACAAGCACCCGGUGUCCGAGUAUAAGGCCCACUUCUCCCCGCGGGACCUGCGCGCCUUCUCGGUGGAGCCACUCUUGCUCUUCCCCACGCACUACACGGGGGACGACGGCUACGUGAGCGACACGGAGACGUCGGUGGUGUGGGACAACGAGGGCGUCCAGACCGACUGGGACCGCGCCAAGUCCCAGAAGAUGCGGGAGCAGCAGGCGCUGAGCCGCGAGGCCGAGAACUCGGACGUGCUGCAGUCCCCGCUGGACAGCGCAGCGCGGGACGAGCUCUGAGCCGCGCCACGCGCUCGUGGUUCUUCACCCAAGUAUUUAUUGAGUGCCCACCGCGUGCGGGGCUCGGGGAACGCUGCGUGGGCAGCCGGCGCUCGGGCUCACGCUGUGAGAGGCGCCGAGCCCCGCGCCCCCGGUGCCCUCCGUCCCCACGGCCAGAGCGGGGCGCGGCGAUGGCCAGCAACAACCCACGGACCGUGCGCCGGAGCGCGGGAACAGAACCUGCCCGCGGAGCGCAGAGCGCACCAUCAGGGCCUGGCCCCCGCGGAGGAGCGGCCACUGCAGGACGCCGGCGGGGCUGGGUUUCCGGCCGGUCAGGGGCGGCCUCCUGAUCCAUCCGUCUCCACCUGUUGUCAGGACAGUGGGGUCCUGUGAUCGGGGUCCGCCUUGGACAGCGGCCCCCGCCAGAACUGACCCCUCCCGGCAGGAGCCGGCCUGCUGUCCUCCAGUGCCCGGUGCUAGUGCGUGACUUGUCAUUAAAUGUUCCCGGUGGGUUGUGCGAGUCGUUCCUCCCCCCUCCCCCCCCCCCCCCCCCCGUGCCAGGCCGGGCCCUGGGGGGGGACGGCGCCCGGUGUGGACUCGGUGCCGCCUAUCCGCGGGCGGGAUUGGAACACGCAGCGCUCGGGGAAUCCCCUUCCAGCCAGGGGUCACCUGGCCUCGGUGACGUCCACGAUCGCCCCCAAAACAAGGCCCCUGGGGUGCGGCUCAGGGUCCACAGCUCCGAGUUCAGCCACCGCCCGGCCCAAGGGCGGAGGUCGGCGUGGGGGCGACCCCGGCCCCCGGGGUCCACCGGGGCUUUCACCCCAGGGGGGACGGGAUGGGGAUUGCAGGAUUAAUUGCCGGGCAAUUAGCAGCCGUCAGGCCCAGACACGUGGUGCGGUUCGCCCCAGGGGCUCGCGCCUGGGCCCCUGCCCUCCACACAGGCCCGGGGUUCGAACUCCGGCCCUCGAGCGCCCUCCCGGCCCCGCGGUCCCCGCCGCGCUCUUGUCUUUUCCUACGUUGUUUUCUUUUUUUAAUGUCUGCCGUUAGUAAAAUAUCCUCAGAGACCGGA